AUUGGCUUUUUGCCUUAGCAACGGAGCGCCAUCUUGAAUUACAGACAGGAUGGGAAAGAAGUCCGAAAGAAGGCCCUCAUAUGGACGAUGCGGAAGUCCAUGUACAGUAUUUUAAUGACAUAAUUUUCCAGUUUGGAGGGAUAUUAAUGAUGCAAGACAACUUGAGAGUGAAACCGACUUGACCGAGAGGGGAUUCAUAAAUGUCCGAACCGCUGUAGAGCCUAGCAGGAGCAAUGGAGGCCAUGUACGAGGAGACGGAGGUGAAGAUCAUCACCGAGGAGGUGGAGAGCUGCUACACCUUGAUGGAGGUCUCCUCACCCAAACGACGGAAGAAGAGCAAGGGCCAGGCCGACAAGACCGACAAGGAAAAAAAGCCCAGGUCAGCUUUCCUGCUCUACUACUUCGACGUUCACCAGAGCCUGCAGCAGGAGUUCCCCGACCUGCCGCAGUCUGAGAUCAACAAGAGGAUCAGCGAGAGCUGGAGGAUGCUCAACGUCGUGGACAAGGGCUACUAUUUAGCCAAGGCUAAACUGGAGAAAGAGGGAAUUGACCCGGGAAGACCGCUGGCGGGAACAUCCACGGAUCUCCCGGGCUUCAGGAAGAUCCUUCCACGCAGGGACUACGUGAUCCUCCCGAAGGGGGCGGUGGUGGGGGAGGCGGCUGGCGGCGGCAGCCCUGUGGAGGUGUGCGUGGAGGGCGGGGAGCCCCCGCCGGGCGGGGCCGGGGGCCAGGCCAUGCCGCAGGACGCCCUGCUCUCGCCCAUGGAGCUGGGCAGCGAGGUGGAGCUCUCCGAGCAGUGCAUCGCCAUCGAGGGCCUGACGGACGAGACGGCCGUGGCUCUGAGCCGGUCGGGGGUCCUGCAGGAGAUCCUCUCUCAGUACUCCUACUCCUCCAGCCCGGACAGGCUCCUGGUGAAGGAGAAGCUGGCCGAAGUGGCCGGGGCCAGCAGUGCCGUCGGCAUAGUGAUGGAGGACAGGGCCGUGGCCAGCCAGACGGUGCAGGAAAACAAAAUGGACGCCAGUCAUUUGGUCACCAUCAUCCCCAACCAAGAAGUAGUUGCAGCUAAAGCGUCUCCGGCAGCCAGCUCUGUCCUGCUCGUGCCCGUGGUGCCCAGCUUGGAGCCUGAGACACCACAGUCCUUUAAACUGUCCAUAAAGUACACCAGGAGGGGGCGCGGCCACUGCAGCACGCCGGACUGCUCCUUCUCCUACGUCACGCGACACAAACCGCCCAACUGCCCCAACUGCGGCCAGCACCUCGGGGGCAAGUGGAUUCCUGCGGCUAAGAGGGCCCAGGCCAAACCGGCGACCUUGCCCAUCCGACCGGAAACUGCGUGCCACUCCCGGCCGGGUGGUUCCGCCCCUCACGCUGGGGGACCGGGGGACGGACCGGAGCGGCGGGGGGGCCCCGCAAGCUCCAGGGCCGGCGGCAGCAAGGACAGGGCCCCGGGGGGCCGGAGCGACAGCAAGGGAUCGCUGACACCAAAAAACGCGCUGAGAGCCGCGGUCAUCCCACCACCGGGGGGCGACAUCCCACCACCUGCAGCUCGCCCGCAGACGCCUGCAGCCCCUGCCCCUUUGUCCACGGCCAAUCCGGCGCGCGGCAGGGCUAAGAGGCGGGAGAAGAGCUCCAGGUUCGGGCCGAAGCGCCCAAUCAGAGCCAUCCUCCCCGCCCCCACCCACACCCUCCACCAGAGCCCCCUCCCUCCUCAAAUUCAAACGAGCACGCUGGCCCGUGCCAGCCUGGUCCAGUGGGUGGCGCUGUCCGCAGACAGGUUCCAGUACGAGGCUCCGAAAAACAGCGUCCGAGCAGUGAAGAGCGUGGGAAAGGUGGGCGGUCUGAAGCCCAGUACCCUCAAGCAGCUCGGUCACGCGGUCAAGCUGGAUCGCCCACCGCAGGAGCAGCCGGCUCCAGUGAACAGCGGGCCGGUUGUAGUAACAGAUAAAGGACUGAAGGUUCUCUCGGUGGUUUCCCUCAAACACAAUCCCACCACCACCCUGGACCUGGGCUUGUCCACCGCGCGAGGCCGGGGGAAGUGUAAGAACCCGGGGUGUAACUACGUCUACAAGAACCGACACAAACCCACCCAGUGCCCCUUCUGCGGCUGUGAGCUCCGCAAGAAACGCGUGGAGAAGCCCAAAGUGCCGGCUGACCCCGCCCCCCCCCUGUCGCGGGCGGGGCUGCUGGACCCGUACCGACCCCUGACCCCGGCGCAGAGGGAGACGCAGCGGCAGUCCACCCUGCAGCUGCUGCGUCUCUGCGCGCAGAUCCCCGAGAGCGAGGCGGAGCUGCAGGACGCCAUGGCGACCGUCCGGGCGCUCAACGGCGCCGAGGCGGUCCUGGGCGCCGAGGAGGGCGCGGCCCUGGAACAUUCCGGGUGGCCCGGCUUCUACGAGUCCGCCGCCCAGCACUGCGCCCUCUGCCACUUCCCCCUGUUUAAGGGGGGUCAGAGUUCGGUCGCUGGGCAGGAGGAUUGCUGGCUGCUGACAGACUCUCACAUCCAGACGGCCACCAUCCAGCUAAAGAUCUGCCUCAAUCCCCACUGCCUGUCCCUGCACAGCUUUACAGAUAUUCACCCAGGCCUGUUCAACGUGGGUAACAAACUGCUGGUGAGCCUGGACCUCCUGUUCAGGAUCCGGAACCAGAUCCGCCUGGGCAGCGACCCCGGCCAGGCCGCCCUCAGUAUCCUCCAGAGCGUGCAGAACCCGCCCGUGCACGCGCUCAGUGAGGGGGAGCUGAGCCACAUCCGGGAGCUGCUGUGCAGCGGGUACUGGGCCUUCGAGUGCCUGACGGUGCGCGACUACAACGACAUGAUCUGCGGCGUGUGCGGCAUCGCGCCCAGGGUGGAGAUCGCUCGCCGUAACCCCGGCAACGUGCUGCAGCUCCGCGACGUGGAGUUCACGUGGCCAGACUUCCAGGCGGCGGACGAGGUGAACUCUGAUGAUUUCUGGCUGACGAUGGAGAGUGAGGCCAUCGAGCAGGCCGCGUUCCCCGCCAGCAUCCCCAUCACCAGGUUCGACGCCUCCAUCAUCGCCCCCUUCUUCCCCCCCCUCAUGAGGAACGCCGUGGUCAUAAACACGGAGAAGGACAAGGCGGUCUGCGACGCCCCUCCACGAGGAGACCCGGCGGUGCUGGUGAGGUUGGUCCACGACGGAGCCCUGAAGCCCGAACAGCUGCACGAGCUCGGGCCCCCGGAGCUGAGGGACGUCCUGGAGCGCUGUGGGGCCGAGUGUGGCCCCCAGAGCACCAAGGAUGAGCUGGUGGCGGAGGUCUCCGCUCUCUACGCACACGUGCAGAACGGUCUGGCUGCCGGGCCCCACCCCCCCGAUGAUGUCACCGCUGGAAAGCUGUACAAGGUCUGCCCACACCAGGUGGUGUGCGGGUCCAAGUACAUGGUGCGGCGGGAGAGCGCGCGGGACCACGUGGACCUGCUGGUGUCCUCCCGCUACUGGCCCCCCGUGUACGUGACGGCCUCCGCCCGCCAGGUGGCGCUGUGCACGGACCUGCAGUACCCCGAGCUGGCCUCCCAGAUGUGGGGCAAGAACCAGGGCUGCUUCUCCGACCCCAUGGGGGAGCCGGAGUACGUGUCGUGCGCGGAGCUUCAGGACCACUACAGCCUGGAUCUCUCGGGCGCGGAGAGCUCCCUGGUGCACCCCGUCACCAGGUCUCCGUCCCGCUGGAUCGUCCACCCCGGGGCGGGCGGCGAGCGGGACCCGCGGGCCCGGCACCACGCCAUGUCGCUGUGCGAGGAGCUGGAGCCGUACCGGGCCGCGGUGGCGCCCCCGGACGCGGACGCGGACGUGCGGUCCGCGCCGCUGGCCUUCGACAACCCCGCCUACUACUACCUGUACAACCGCCUGGUGGACUUCCUGUGCAGCAAGGACAUCGUGAGCCAGCAGAUCGGCGAGGUGCUGCAGGGCUGCCAGCCCGGCGAGGUGGUGAUCCGCGACGCCCUGUACCGCCUGGGCGUGGCCCAGAUCAACACGGAGGCGGAGCUGGAGGAGGAGGAGGAGGCGGGCCUGCCGGAGGUGGAGGUGGAGAUGUCUUAAAGCGAGCGGGUGUUCUGCUGACGUCGGUCAGCGGCGUCUUAUCGGUUCCGUAUGUAUCGACGCAGUCUUCUCUCUCUCCCUCUCCCUCUCCAUCUCCUUCUCUCUCUCCCUCCCUCUCCUUCUCUCUCCCUCUCUCUCCCUCCCUCCCUCUCUCUCUCUCCCUCUCUGCGGCGUCCACAAUCAGGACUUUGAGCUGAAGUCGUUCUGCAAUCAUUUGAAGCGUCGUGGUGUCACGCCUCUGAGUUCCUCGGCAUCGCUGCAUCAUGACAUUUGUUAUUUAGCUGACGCCUUUAUCCACAGCUACUUGCGGUUGAUUAGACUAAGCAGGGGCCAAUCCCCCCCCCCUCCCCCGGAGCAAUGUAGGGUUAAGGGCCUUGCUCAAGGGACUGCACUGCACUAUUCUUAAUGUACUUGCACCAGGGCUUGAACCACCAACCUUCCCGGUCCCUGUCCAAGUACCUUUGGUGCUAGGCUACGGGCUGCUGAUGCAGGUUGCUAUGGAAACCAAGACGGUCCAGCUGCAGAACCUGCUCUAUCCCGGAACCAUCAGAAUCCCCCCCCCCCGCCUCCCCGUGGAGCUUAAUUCUCCGCCAAAUUCAGUCACCUGCCCCACUGCACAUCCUCCAUACACAGUUCCGAAGGCCCAGGUGACCCAACCGGACUCAGAGAGCUCCUCAUCAGGUCAUUCUCUUCUCCAGACAUCCCUUAGUGAGCACAUUUAUGUUUUUUUCUCUGUCGCAUGAAUGGUUUUAUUCAUCAAUUGUUUAAACCGAUUUUAACUCCGUAAUGACUGACGCCUGAUGCUGUGCUCUAUAGCUUGCACAACUGCUUGAGAUUGAUGGUUACUGGAAUUUAUCGCUGAAUGCGUUUUUGGGCCCUCAACAGCAGCCUGAGGGCAGAUGGCUGUGUUCUGCUUGAUCUUACUGCUGAAGCGAACUCCGUUCUGCCCUCUAAACUGAGACUCCUUUGGACCUAUUUCAGUUAGAGAAGAUUGCCUUUCCCCAAACCCCCUGGACUGAGUUAAAAAAUAUUAUUUGUUAUUGUAUCAUUUUUUUUCUAAGCGAAAAAUAGCAAACAAAUAUGUAACAAAUAGAAAAAAAGGAACAGGUGAGCCUUGAACCGGUCUCCUGCACGAGAGACAAUCACACAAACCAAACCUGAUGAUCACACUAUCCACAACACCAAACCUGCUGAUGGCACUAUCCACAACACCAAACCUGCUGAUGGCACUAUCCACAACACCAACCCUGCUGAUCGCACUAUCCACAACACCAAACCUGCUGAUGGCACUAUCCACAACACCAACCCUGCUGAUCGCACUAUCCACAACACCAAACCUGCUGAUGGCACUAUCCACAACACCAAACCUGCUGAUCGCACUAUCCACAACACCAACCCUGCUGAUCGCACUAUCCACAACACCCAACCUGCUGAUCGCACUAACCACAACACCAACCCUGCUGAUCACACUAACCACAAAACCAAACCUGCUGAUCGCACUAACCACAACAACAAACCUGCUGGGUGCCAGAGCUGCCUUUUCAGUAUACAAACCUGCUCUUUUUAGAUUUUUUAGCAAUCAUGUAGGCACGAGAUUACAACUUGUGACACGACCAUCGGCCCCAGGGUGCUGUUGAGGGCAAAAAUAUAGCCAACCAAAUUUAUCAAUGAACUUUCAUGUCGUUGGAUUCAGCCGCUGAAUCAUUUACUUUUGGUUGCCCAGCUUUUAACCGUAAUGAAGCAUUUGGAUACGAAGGUGUUUUUGUGAAGACUCCAUUAUAGGUCAGUUUGCAUUUCGCUUGUUUGCCAAGGCCUUAUGAGAGUGAGGGUUCUGUGAGGCUGAAAUGGAUGGAUUGGACUGUGGCGUGUGUGACCUGGGCUGUUGCUGAUCCUGGGCUCCAGUGCUAUCCCGGGGUACUGUCUCUGACUGUGGGGGGGGGUGAGUGUGCCCUGGGGACAGACCUGCGGGGGCUUGUCACUGGAGCUGAGAGAUUCAGACGCAUCUCUGCCUGCUGGAGUCCGCAGGAACAAUCCACUCCGGUAGCAGAGAGGAACCUGAUCUCAUUUCUUAGGAAUGGUGGGCUGACAGAAUAUUUGCGGAGUAUUAAUUGCACCAGGUGUGUGUGUGCGCGCGCGUGAGUGUGUGUGUGUGUUUGUGUGCGUGCACACGUGUAGCCCUGGAUCUCACUUGUUUAUGGGAGUGUCUGUCUAUCUGUUCCCUCUGUCCUUGACCCUGGUGUGGUGCUGGCCUGAGUCAGUCCUGAGUCUAACCUGGGUUAACCCCCGAGAAGUGGACUCCCCCUGCCUUCUGUGAAGGGACCUGUCCUCCAUCUUGUGUUCUGCUGUUGUACUAUAAUCCCUGGGCCGAGUUAACGCUCGCUCCAGUGUAAAAUAAAUGAGCUUUGGCUGCAUCA